CUACAACGACCUGCUACUUCCCUUAGAACUCACCCCCAAACACCACUCUUCUUGUAUCAUCUAGACGUCGUGCUGUGUCUCUCUCUCCCCGCCUGGUCUCGGUAUAUCUUUCCGAAACUCCCGUCAUCCUACCUCUCGUCGACGACAAGGAAAUCGUAUUCUCGCCAAUCACCUUCGCUUGAUUAGGAUCUCUGACAUAUCGAAAACCUCUUUCGAUCAUCCAACCUAUAAUACCCAACCCCGAAAACCCAAAAAAGUCCAGGAUCAUCAAUCAUGGCUCCUACCACCGCCAGCAUCUCUAAAUCCUCUCUCAGCCCUAUCCCGGCUUCUCCGUUUACGGACCAACUCGCCUCUCUCGCCCUGGCCACCUCUUCCCUCUCGGCUAAAUCUCUUGCGGACAGCCUCGUCCAAUCGUUCAAAUCCAGCCCUAAUCAGACCCACGCGGAAUGUUUUGAAGCGGCCCAUAUUCCCGAAGUCGUCAGGGUGUGGAGUGAGAGUAAACAAGCUGCGGAAAGGGAGUCUGCGGGGAUCCUCGUUGAGAGGCUCGUCAAGGGUCUAGGGGAAGGAUCUGAGGGCUUGUUCAUCUCGACCAUCCCGGACCUUUUGAACAUCUUGAUGGACAAGACCCAGAGCAUCAGGACUUCCGCCCAGGGAGGUGUCAAUGCGAUAGUAAAGACUUCUGCUCCGGAGGGUACGAGGCAGAUCAUGCACGUCCUCAAGGAAGUCCUUGACGAGUCGAAAGGAUGGAGGACCAAGGUUGGAGCUCUGAAGGCUAUGGAAGGGCUCGUGAAGAGUGGGGCGGAGGAUUGGGUGGCGGAGGAGUUGGGUGGGGUUAUUCCGGUUGUUGAGAGGGCUAUGCACGAUACCAAGUCCGAGGUCUCUACGCAAGCCAAGAAGACGGCUGCUACCCUCUGCUCGAUCUUGCCCAACGCCGAUAUUAUCCCCCACGUCGGUUCCCUCGUCUCGUCCAUGGCCUCUCCUACCAACGUCCCCUCUACCAUCAAGGCUCUUUCUAACACCACUUUCGUCGCCGAAGUCAACGCUCCUACCCUCGCCAUCAUGGUCCCCCUGCUCACCCGUGCGCUGAAGGAACGAUCGACGGAGACGACCCGAAUGACCUGUAUCGUCAUCGGCAACUUGGUCAAGCUCGUCCGGGACCCCGAUGUUGCGGCGAGGUACCUUUCCUCCUUGGUAGCUGGUGUGGAGAACAUCGCCUCUUCCGCCGCUUUCCCGGAAAUUCGAGCGUUUGCACAGACCGCUCUGGAUAUCUUGAAACAGUCCGGAGCUUCUUCGGAUGCCAAGAUCCCGCCUCCGAGGGAUAUCGCCGGGUCGACGAAAGAGUGCUUGAAGUUGAUCUUCCCUCAUUUGCCGAUCCCUUUCGCUUUCCCCGAGAACCCGUCGUUGCCCAUGAGGAAGGACAUGCCCAACGCUCCUAUCCUCGCUGAUGCGAUGGAAUACGUCGGAGGGAUGGUCGCUGACUUGGUCGACUCGAGGCUUUGGGACGAGAAGACCUGGACAGGCCGGGUGCUCGGUUCUCCGUUGAGUCACUGGUUGGAAGGCGGGAAGACCCAGGGUCAAUCGGUCGCCCAGGAGAUCAGGGGCGUGUUCAUGGAUAUCGACAAGGCUAAAUACGCCCCCACCGUCGAGGAGGACGACGGUGAAGGCGAGAUGUUGUGUGACAUCCAGUUCUCGCUCGCCUACGGUGGUCUCCUCCUGCUCAACCACACCACCCUGCGUCUGAGAAGAGGAAGACGAUACGGUAUCUGCGCUGGGAACGGAAAGGGGAAAUCCACGUUGAUGAAGGCCAUCCGGGAUGGCAAGGUCGAAGGUUUCCCUCCUCAAGACCAGCUUCGGACUUUGAUGGUCGAGCACGCCCUUCAAGGAGAGGAUGCUACUUUGCCCAUCAUCGACUUCAUCGCUACGGACAAGAACUUGAUCGCCAAGGGUACCAAGCGAGAGUCGAUUAGGGACGCUCUUUUGCAAGUCGGUUUUACCGAUGAGAAGCAGGGCAACCCGGUCGGAAGCUUGAGUGGAGGGUGGAAGAUGAAGUUGGAGUUGGCGAGGGCGAUGUUGAUCGGAGCGGACAUCUUGUUGUUGGACGAACCUACAAACCAUUUGGACGUGCAAUCCGUCGCCUGGCUCGAACAAUACCUCGUCAGCCAGACCCAGAUCACCUGCAUGAUCGUCUCGCACGACAGCGGUUUCCUGGACAACGUCUGUACCGACAUCAUGCACUACGAGAACAAGAAGAUCGCCUAUUACCCGGGUAACCUGAGUAAAUUCGUGGAGAAGGUGCCCGAGGCGAGGUCCUACUACACUUUGGCCGCUACCAGCGUCAAGUUCACCUUCCCCCCUCCCGGAUCGCUCAUGGGUGUGCGAUCGCAGACCCGAGCCAUCAUGAAGCUUACCAACUGUACAUUCACUUACGAAGGCGCUGCCAAGCCCAGCUUGAUCGACGUCUCGUGUGCGCUGUCAUUGAGCAGUCGUGUCGGUAUCCUGGGACCGAACGGAGCUGGAAAGUCGACCUUGAUCAAGCUGUUGACUGGAGAGACCCUGCCCCAACAAGGAAAGGUCGAGAAGCAUCCGGCUCUUCGUGUCGGAUACGUCGCCCAGCACGCUUUCCACCACUUGGAUUUGCACUUGGAAAAGACUCCCAUCGCCUACAUCCAAUGGCGAUACCAGGACGGACACGAUCGUGAGAUGCUUUCCAAGGCUUCGCGAGCGUUGACCGAAGAGGACAAGAGGAUGAUGGACACUGAGAUCACCGGCAAGAACGGUGACAAGCGACGGAUCGAGCAGGUCCUCGGUCGUCAAAAGCUCAAGAAGAGUUUCCAGUACGAGGUCAAGUUCAAAGGCAUGGACCACAGGCACAACGCCUGGUUGCCUCGUGAGGACCUGAUCAAGUACGGAUUCCAAAAGCUCUUGACCCAGUUCGACGACAUGGAGUCCUCGCGUGAGGGAGCUGGUAACCGAGAUCUCUCGGCCAGCGCCAUCCGAAAGCUCUUCGAAGAGGUCGGUCUCGACCCGGAUAUCGCUCAGUACAACGAAAUUAGUGGUUUGUCUGGUGGACAAAAGGUCAAGGUCGUCAUCUGCGCUGCGCUCAUCAAUCAGCCCCAGGUCCUCGUCUUGGACGAGCCGACAAAUUUCUUGGACCGAGAAGCCCUCGGCGGUCUCUCGAUCGCCAUUCGAGACUGGGCCGGUGCCGUCUGCAUCAUUUCGCACAACCUCGAAUUCGUCAACGCCCUCUGUCCUGAGAUCUGGAACGUCGACGCCGGUCGUUUGACCCACAUCGGCAAGGUCGCCAUUAUCGAAGACGCCUUUGACGACGUCAAGCCUUCGCGAGUCGGGAGCCGAAUGGGUACCCCUCGAGGAGCUGCCACCCCUGCGAACGGUAGUGGUGUUAACACGGCCGCUACGUCGGCCGCCAACUCGGCUGCACCUAGCGAUGCCGAGGGUGUAGCUCAGCCCAAGCUCAAGAAGAAGAAGAAGAUGACCCGAAACGAGCAAAAGGCUCAGGAAGCCAGGCGGGCCAAGCGAAAGCUCGAUUGGCUGUCUUACGGAGGUCCCAAGCCCGAGGAUACCGACUCGGACUAAUUUGACGAGCAUUGAACGUUACGACCGGCUUAGGAUUCUCUUGUACACCCUCGUGUAACUGCGCAUGUUCUUUCUGUCUGAUUCGCUUUGGGCCGUGACUAUACACAUAGAUGUCUGACUGCAU